AUGUCAAAAGUCUCCGAGGACCCCUCGGUCCCUAAUCCAAAUCCUCCGCCUCCGGAACCUCAAGAUCAAUUAGAACCCGAAGUAACUUCUACAGAACCUUCGUCUACUGUGGACCAGUCUCAAAAUCAGCAACAACAAUCAGCUCCCCCACUAACUUCUUCCAUUUCUUCUUCUUCUUCUUCCUCUUCUUCUUCUUCUUCUUCUAGCCGACGAAACCACAGAUCACGUUCUCCAGAUGGUCGUAGUGAUACCGAGGAACAUUCAUCCUCAUCUAAACAUAAGCGCAGUGAACACAGUAAUGGUAAUAGUAGCAGUAGCCAUCGUCAUUCUUCAUCUAGACAUUCAAAAGAUAAAUCCAGAUCUAGAAGCCCUCGGUCAUCUCGCCGACGUGACAGAGAUAGAGACAGUGAUAAAUAUAGAGACCGUGAGCGAGACCGGGAUCGUGAUCGCGACCGUGAUCGAGAUCGUAAUCGUGAUCGUGAUCGUGAGCGAGACCGUGAACGCGAACGCGACCGCGACCGGGAUCGCCGACGAAGUGACCGCCGUAGUCGCUCACCACCACGUAGCCGCGCAGAAACGCAAGCUGAACGCGACCGUCGAACUGUUUUUGUUCAACAACUGGCAGCUCGUCUUCGCACACGCGACCUUUUUGAUUUUUUUGAAAAAGCAGGACCUGUACGAGACGCGUCCAUUGUCAAAGAUAAGAUGUCACGACGGUCUAAGGGCGUUGCUUACGUUGAGUUUCGUCAUGCAGAGUCAGUCCCACGCGCCAUUGACAUGUCUGGAGAAAAACUCUUGGGAAUCCCUGUCAUUGUGCAGUACACUGAAGCAGAAAAAAACCGUCAGCAGCAGCAGCAACAACAACAACAACAGCAGCAGCAACAACUUCUUCAGUCAUCAUUAUCGUCUUCAUCAAUGGUGGACGGCUCUGGUAGUCCCUCAAUCCUUCAGGAUGACUCUUUGGGUUCCUCUACAGCCUCUGCUGGUCCCGUGGAGUCCCGUAUUUAUGUGGGCAACAUUCACUUUGGGGCCACCGAGGUAGAGCUCAAACAACUCUUUGAGCCGUUUGGAGCAAUCAACUUUAUUCAAUUGCAACGAGACUUAGCAGGUAAAUCCAAAGGAUACGCGUUUGUCCAAUAUUUUGAUACCGCAUCUGCAGUUAAGGCUCGCUCUCAAAUGCAAGGUGUUAUGUUUGCUGGACGUACGCUGCGUGUUGGUAUGGGUGGUGGCUCAUCAUCUUCGUCCUCAUCGUUGGCUCAUUCGACAGUCAAUUCGGGUUCCAGCUCCGGAGUUGGGUACCAAGGUCAGGCGUUUACUGGGUCAGCAUUUCAGAACAAUGGUCCUGCAAUUGAUCGCGUGGGAGGCGCCAAUGCUGUAGGCGCAUCUUCAGCUUCACUUUUGGAUGACUCCGAUGUUGCUGGUAUUUCAUAUAAUAAAGUAUCCCGAGAAAACUUAAUGCGCAAAUUGAUGCGUAACGAAGAUAACUUUGGGCCUCAUGUUCAACAGCAGCAGCAACAGCAGCAACAACAGCAACAGCAGCAACAACAACAUUCCAGCAAGCCAUCACUGCCUCUUCCACCCCCUCCACAUAAUUCUACGGCAGCCCAGCGCAAAGCAUCACGGUGCAUUGUGGUACAAAAUAUGUUUGACCCAACACAAGAGUCGGGAGACUCGUGGGUGCGUGAGCUGGAAGAUGAGGUGCGUGGAGAACUUGAACGCGAGUACGGCCACGUUGUGCAUUUGAGCGUGGACGCAGCGAGCGGAACUAAGGGCGAAGUGUAUAUUAAAUUUGAAGACUUGGGGAGUAGCGAGCGGGCAAUCAAGGGUCUAAGUGGGCGGUUUUUUGAUGGCAAGCAGUUGGUUGCGCAGCCUGUGAUUGAGAUGGUGUAUAGUCUCAAGUUCCCCAAGUCCAAGGAUUUGUAG